AAGGCGAAAGGGGGUCAAACACCGUAUUAGUAUGGUGUUCCUAAUAAUCCUUUAGGUGAGUGUACAUGCCUUAUGUCAAACACACUGGGCACUGAGAGGGGUCAUAUUUAUUUAAACAUUAUUUCUACUCCAAACUGCGACUUGGUACCAGGCAGCCCUGGCUAUGACACAGAUGGUUGGACUACAGUUGGAAUUGUGAUUAUUGUUGUUGUAUGCUGUGUAGUCGGGACAUCACUUAUCUGGGUAGUAGUUAUUUAUCACAUGAGGAAGAGGAAUGAAGAUUACAGCAUUGGUAACACAGAUGAAAUUAAUUUGCCAGCUGAUAUCCCAAGCUAUCUUUCAUCUCAGGGCACUCUUUCAGAGCCUCGGGAUGGAUAUAACAACUCUGAGGCAGGGAGUCAUCAGCAGCUAAUGCCUCCAUCAUCAAAUCGACAUCCUCACAAAGCAGCAGAUGGUAAUUGCUACCUAGACUCGGGAUGUGACACUGAUGCAGACAUUAACUCCUUUCUAGUACCUCGAAUUAGUUCAUUGUUUACAGGAAGAGAUGGCUUUCCUUUACGAGAUCAGCGUGAUGGCAUAGCACACGCAACUACAGGUUCUGGAACACUAGUUAUUUGCUCUGACUGCUAUGACAAUGCAAACAUCUACAUUCGGACACGGGAGUGCUACCCUUAUGCCUAUCUGACUGAAGAAGACCUAUUAGACAAGUCCCUAUCUAGCAAUGUACUGCAGCUACCUAAAGAACCUCUUGGCCUUCCCCAGCGAGGCAGCAUGUUGUCAGAUAAGCUUGUUGCUGAGAAGGAUAUGACCGUAUUUCUUUCUAGAGCUACCAAGCCAGAAAUUUCUUCGCAGACCCACAGUAAUGAGACUGCACCUGUUCACUUUUGGCUCUCAUGAUGCUGAAUUGACUUCAACGUCUGACAUUUCACAACACGUGGUGCCGGGACAUUCCAGUAGUCACAUGCGGCCUGACAAAGGAGGAGCUACAGGAGUAGUAUAUACAUUUUCAGACUCCUAUGGGACAUCAGUUUCACGGACACAGGAACAGACAAGUAGUUCUAGCAGGACUUCAGACUUGAGGGAACAAAAGACUGACAAAAAAUAAAAAAAGAGCAGCAAGAUAAGUUCCUCUUGAGUUACCCACUACCUCGAAAUGAAUGAAGUAAAGGCUAAACAUUUUAUCAAUGUUUACAUCCAAUGGAACCAAUGAAAUGAGAGCAUCUUGUCUGCUGCCACUUGCUGAAACUUUAAACACUGUUGCUACUCAGGAUCCAAUGAACAAGCUAAACUUGUGGCCACUCAGUUACCAAACACAGCCACGUUAACCUUCUACAUCUGAGAUACUCUAAGAGUUGUGGCAGUGAUGCUGCUACUCAGUCGCCUCUCAGUCACAGGUGUUCAGUUUACUAAGGCUUCAUCCAGGUACAGAUGACUGAUUUCCUGAGCAAUUAAAAAAAGAGAAACCAGUUACUAGAAGUUAUUUUGAACUGUAAAUAGAUUCAAACAUUUUAAAUGUUUAUGUACAAAUGUAAAACACUAAUGUAAAUAUAUAUUUCUGGUAUUACAAAGUAUUGUUUGAAUUUCUUAAACUGUUGGAAACCAUACAUUGUAUAAUAUUGGUACGGAAAUAAGAAAUAUAUCAUGAAUUGUGUUUGAAGAAUUUGGUGGCCUGCACCACCUCCACUUACUCAAAGCUUCACGAUGCUCCAUCAUUGAUGGACUAAAAGCCAGAAGCCUGCAUGACCAUCAUCAUCAAGUCCUUCCGUGAGAACCCUAAAUCCA